AUGAUUCACACCCAUUUUGGACCGGCUUCCGUCGACAAUUACCAGCCACAAACGCUCUAUCAGCAGCAACAAAAGCGAAAGCAACAGGAGCAACAACAUCAACCCUCACAACAACAGCAGCAGAAACAACAAGAUCAGCUGCAUCCGCAGCAGGAGGAGCAGCCACAACAGGAGCAGCAACAACAGAAGCAGCAACAACAGGAGGAAGAACACCAUCAGCAGCAGCAGCAGCAGCAGCAGCUACAAAAACAACAACAAGAAGAACAACAACAAAAUCAACAACAACAACAGCAACAACAACACAUUUCUACAAUUAUUUGCAACCCCCCACCAUCAAUAAUUAGUACUUCAAAUGGAACAACAAUGUGCGUUGCCAAACUUAUGAUUGGGCUGGAUCAUGCGCCAUCAGCAUUUAAUGUACGAUCGCGCGUCCUGGGUGAAGGAGGCACAAAUUUAAACUACAUACGUACUGAAACUGGUGCUAUAGUAACACUAAGAGGUCGGGGAUCAUUGAAUCUUGAACCACAAACUAUGCAGGAAGCUCCAGAACCACUGCAUUUGUUCAUUGAACAUCCGUUGUUGGAUGGUUUGCAGAAUGCUAAGCAGUUGGCAAAAAAUUUGAUAGAAACUUUGCAAGAAGAGCUCAGCUUUUUUCAAGAGAACACUAUACCUAAAGCUAAUUUUCGGUUAAUACCAGAGCCAAGCCUAAUUCAAACAAACCAAGUUGCACAAAUGCCUCCCAUUAUAAGAACGCAACAUGUUACACAACCCAAUGGUAUAAUUCAUCAACCACCACCAGCAGUUCUUGGACCGCCACUACCAAGCUUUGUGCAGCAUCCUCCUGCUUUGCAACAAAGUCAACCCCCUCCACCGCAAAUAAUUCAGCAGCCUCCAACAAUUAUACAAUCACAUGUGCCAUUACAAAUUCAUCAGCAGCCGAAUAAUGUAGUAAUCUCACAAAUCCAGACCACAGCGCCUCAGUCACAAAUUCCAAAUGUAAGCAAUCCUCCUCCGGGGACGCAAAUACGACCUAUUGUGCAGAUAAAAAACACCCCUGGCGCUCAUUUGACCCAACCUCCUCCAAGCAUACAAAUUCAACAGGCACCUCCUGAGGCUGCGCAGCAAAUAAUAGUAAACCCUGCCCCACCAUACCAAGUACAAUACAUACAGCAGAAUCCAUCCCUUCAAACUGCCAGUGGUGCUCAUUCGAGUGGACAGGUCACGAUUCAGCAUCUAAUUCAGCCCCAGUCACAGCCUGUCCAAGGCAUUGUACAGACAACAAUACCACCGCCUCAAUUUGAUCACUUUCAAAGACAACCACAAACCCAACAGAUAAUCACUGUCCAAGGAAGUACAGCGUUCAUGGUUCCGCCGCCAAAUAUUAUUCAUCAGACAGCACCACAAACACCAAACCAAAUAAUUUUUCAAACACAGCAACCAAUUCUAACGCAUCCUCCACCGGAGUUGACCCCACUGGGACCACAAGCAGGCAUAAUUUUAAAUGGGACUGAAGCUAAAAAAGUUGUUGGCUCUACUGAGAUAAAAAUCAAGCCAGAACCGAUGAAGCUCGAUGACGGUCCUUCAUCUGGAGCCAUCCUUCAGCAAAUUCCUACCAAUAGCCAACUACCAAAAACAACAGUGAUUCCCGUAUCUUCAAUAGCGGGUAUACCAAUUAGCCAGCCGCCGCCACCAAUCAUGUCUGUGCCUCCUCCUACAGUGCAACAUAUAGUUGGCAAUACAAUCAUCACUUCGCAGCCGAAUCCACCAAUUAGUCAUGGCGGGAUAUCGCAACAAAUAUUUAGUCAAAUUCCGGUAUCGAUUCAAUCUUUUACUCCCGCAGCACCCCCACAACAAUUGCAAGUUAGCGGAUCCCAUUUUGUUGUAAGUGCUCCACAAGCAUGGCCCGUGGUAACUGCUUCGGCAGCAGGACAACAAAUACAGCAAUUACCAGUCAGUACGGUGCCUAGUAUUCAAAUUACUACACAACCCAUGCGAAAUCCUAAUGAAAUUCAUAUCAUAAGUCAACCUACGAUUCUAAGUGCAGCAGAAUAUCGCCCGCCUGCAUCUCAACAACAGCAAAUAAUAGCUAACAGUUCAUUUAACCCUCAAAUACAGCCACCUCAGGGAGUACAAGUACAAUUUCACACGGUUCCGCCUCCUCCUCAGCAAAUCAUUACCAGCCUGGGCAAUGCACAGAUUCAACAUCCACCGCAAGCACCACAGUCGCAGCUGAUUGAAAACCAACGAGCACCUCAGCAUCAAAUUAUUAUAAAUGCCUCUAUUCCUCCACAGCCACCUCCACCACCACCUUUCACAGCUGCACAAUACUCUGCGCAGGAGGUUUCAAAGCCUAAUGUUGAGCAAUUGCAACGUCCGCCACCUACAUCCCAUCCUCCACCUAAGCAAUUGCGGCAUAAUAUCAACACACAAACUAAACCACAUGCAAUGCUUCGACCUGGUCAGAAACGUAAAAUAUCGGACGAGGAUGUUAAUAAACUUAUGCCUCCCAAAAUCGGCUUGGGCCAAAAGCCCAGAUUGACCAGACAAGAAAAUGAGAUGGCUACUAAGAAAAACCUGUACAAAUUUCAAACCGUUCCUAAUAUGUGAAGAGUUCAUCACUUAUUGUGUUAGUCAUGUAAAAUAUUGUUAUUAUUAAUGUCUUUUUUCUUGUCAGGCCCUAUUGUUGUUAAUAUUAGACUAAUAGUAAAAAAGAACAAUUUUAAUUUCAUUUAUUUAUCGAAUUAUAUAAUAUUAUACUCCAAUAAAUUAUGUAUAUUAUCUUACUGAAAUAAUUGUGUUGCCAGUGAU